AUGAAAUGUAAUAAUCAAAUUUUAUUUAAUAGCUUUUUCAAUAUUCAUCCAUUUAAAAGUAAAACUAAAGAUGAAACUUUAUGAUAAAAUGUAAAUGUUCAAAUUAAUUUUGAUGAUCGUAUUUGCAUUCCUUAAUCUCUCAAAUCUUUAAUUAUUUCUAUGGUUAGAAAAAAUCCACGACAUAGAUUCACUCUAUAAUAAUGUUUAGAACAUGACUUUUUUAAAGAAAACCUAUCAAAAUUUAAUGAACUUUAUUAAGAAAUUUAAGAGUAUAAAUAUAAAAUAUAAUCUAAUUUUAUAGACAUGACCAAAGAUAAUGGAAAUAGAAACAUUCGAUGUCAAACUCUUUAAUUUCUAAAAAUUCAAAAUAACAGAAGAAGAAGAUAGUCUUUACCUCAAGAUUUCUCUGUUACACAAGAACCCUAAAUUUAACGAGUAAUAGUCAUAAUUAUUGCUUAAGGUAAAAGCAUUAAUAAAAUAAAGAUAAUCUAUGUCCUCCACUCAUGAGUCUAAAUUGAAGCUAGAAUCCUAACAACAAUUCUAAUUAUCCUAAUAAAAUUAAAUCUAAAUGCCAUAGAUAAAAAUUAUCUAAUUAGAUAAUAUUUUUGAAAUCUUUCUAAAUGAUUCACAUCAUAUCCCAAAUUCUUUUGGUUAAACAUAUUUAAUAAAAGGCAAUAUUGAUAUUGAUAAAGAUAAAGAUAUUUUAAAAAAAUAUUUUAUGUUAUUAUAUGAUUGA